UGGGGCUGGGGGUGCCCGAAUAAAAAAAGGUGCCCGAAUCACUUCUUUGCCUAACGUUGUUUUUCAACAAUCGGGCCAAAUAGAAGGGUUUUUGUUUAGGUUUUUAGUUCAGACGGGAGCCUAUCAUCACUUUGGCGGAAGACGCUCACGAUCUCUCCAUUUCUUCUGCGGCAGGAUUGGCAGCGGAGAGGAGCAGUAGUAUAGUCAAAACUGAGUAGGAUAUAUAUUACCUCGGAUUAAAGUCACUGAAGAAUAUGGCUGAUGAGGCAAAGAAAUCUAACAGCAAUGCAAAGGGUGGGGGGAAAAAGAAAGAAGUUAAAAAAGAAACAGGUCUUGGUCUCUCUAAUAAGAAGGAUGACAAUUUUGGAGAGUGGUAUUCUGAGGUUGUUGUUAGCAGUGAAAUGAUUGAAUACUAUGACAUUUCUGGCUGUUACAUUCUAAGGCCAUGGGCUAUGUCAAUUUGGGAAACUAUGCAAACCUUCUUUGAUGCAGAAAUAAAGAAGAUGAAAAUAAAAAAUUGCUAUUUCCCUCUUUUUGUAUCUCCUGGUGUUCUGCAACGUGAAAAGGAUCACAUAGAAGGUUUCGCUCCAGAGGUUGCUUGGGUUACCAAGUCUGGAAGUACUGAUCUGGAUGUCCAUAUAGCAAUCCGUCCAACAAGUGAGACUGUUAUGUAUCCAUAUUAUUCCAAGUGGAUUAGAGGACACCGUGAUUUGCCUCUAAAGCUUAAUCAGUGGUGCAAUGUUGUUAGAUGGGAGUUCAGCCAUCCUACCCCAUUCAUAAGGAGUCGCGAAUUUCUUUGGCAAGAAGGGCAUACAGCUUUUGCAACCAAGGAUGAGGCUGAUGCAGAGGUUCUUGAGAUUUUGGAGUUGUACAGAAGGAUAUAUGAAGAAUUUCUGGCAAUUCCUGUUAUAAAGGGCAAAAAGAGUGAGCUUGAGAAGUUUGCUGGUGGGCUCUACACAACAAGUGUUGAGGCAUUUAUUCCAAAUACUGGUCGUGGUAUCCAAGGUGCUACCUCUCAUUGUUUGGGUCAAAAUUUUGCAAAAAUGUUUGAAAUAAACUUUGAAAAUGAGAAGGGAGAAAGGCAAAUGGUCUGGCAGAACUCCUGGGCAUACAGUACAAGAACGAUUGGGGUCAUGGUGAUGGUUCAUGGUGAUGACAAAGGACUGGUACUGCCACCUAAAGUAGCAUCCUUACAAGUUAUUGUGGUUCCUGUUCCUUACAAAGAUGCUAAUACACAAGCUAUAUUUGAUGCCUGCUCUGCAACUGUGAAUACCUUGAGUGAAGCUGGUUUUCGAGCUGAGGCAGAUUUUAGGGACAAUUACUCACCUGGUUGGAAGUACUCGCAUUGGGAAAUGAAAGGUGUUCCUCUGAGAAUUGAAAUUGGACCAAAGGAUUUGGCUAAUAAUCAGGUGCGUGCUGUUCGCCGUGAUAAUUCAGCAAAAGUGGACAUACCAAUGGCCAAUCUGGUUGAGAAAGUGAAGGACAUGUUGGAUGAUAUUCAUCAAAGCCUAUUUGAUGCAGCAAAGAAAAAACGUGACGCUUGUGUUAAGGUUGUAAAAACGUGGGAUGAGUUCAUGGAAGCACUUAACCAAAAGAAAAUGAUCUUAGCUCCUUGGUGUGAUGAGGAGGAAGUAGAAAAAGAUGUGAAAGCACGGACAAAAGGUGAGAUGGGAGCAGCCAAGACCCUCUGCUCCCCAUUUGAUCAGCCAGAACUCCCUGAAGGGACCCUUUGCUUUGCCUCGGGGAAGCCUGCAAAGAAGUGGACUUACUGGGGAAGGAGUUAUUGAGCAUGGGAUUUAAUUCACACUAUUUAUUGAACAUCAUAGAAUCCAUAUCAAUUGUCUGUCAAUGUUGUGGAUGGGAUGGGAUCUCUUAUUCUAGUUUGUUUGCCCAGUUUUGCCAAUGUCACUAUUGUGGACUAUUGUAUAUUUGAUUUUGUUUUGGACUUGAUUGAUGACUACUAAGAUUAGUGCAUAACCUUUACAAUGAAGAGAAACAUUGGAUGCAAA